AUGCUCGAUUGGCACAACUACUAUAGAAAACAACGCGGGACGCCCCCUCUCAGCUAUAAUUACAACUUACAAGCAUGGGCGCAGCUGUGGGCGGAAAGGCUUGCCCAAUAUAAUGUUAUUGAACAUCGACCACCACGACCGAUUCCUUACGAUAGAAUGGGCGAAAAUAUCUACUGGAAGACACGAACUGCGCCCAAUUUCGUACCUUCAGAAAAAGAAGUUACUUCGCUGUGGUUCGACGAAAUAUAUAAAUAUAAUUAUCACGACCCUCGGUUCAGCCCAGAGACGUCCCAUUUCACACAAAUGGUGUGGAAAGCAACCACACUUGUUGGAUGUGGUUAUGCCCGCUCACAAUACUCAAGGACGACAUAUGUUGUCUGCAACUAUUGGCCUCAAGGAAACAUCCAAGGAAAAUUUGCUGACAAUGUUCGUUAA